GCAUACGACAUACGUCCACCGUAGUCCAUACAUACGGCCAAAGUUAACCCCGCAUUGGUCGCUAUAUUGUAGCAUACUGUACUUCGUGACCGUACAAGCACGUACUUAUUUGAUAUUUAAUCAUUGCAUAGACUGUUUGUUGUAGGGGUAGAGAGAGGAAAUCAUAUAAUAUCAUGGCCACCGGGUUGAAGAAGAUUUCUCUUAUCGUUGCGGCGACAGCGAAGGAUGGUGGUAUAGGUGUGAAAGGCAACCUUCCAUGGAGACUGAGAGGUGAUAUGGCAUUCUUUAAGAAAACCACCACAACUGCGCCCGAAGGUAUGCGCAACGCUGUCAUUAUGGGCAGGAAGACAUGGGAGUCUAUCCCAUCUAAAUUUAAACCGUUGGCAGAUAGGUUGAACAUAAUUGUAAGCUCAACUAUGAGAACCGAUGACCUUCCUUCCGGUGUGCUGUUGGGUCGUUCGUUAGAGCAUAGCAUUGAACUCGCGAUGCAGGCGAAUACUAAUGGCUGCAACGAUAUAGAUCGCAUAUUUCUGAUCGGCGGCUCAACGCUGUACAACAGUGCCCUGCAGACACCGAGUAUUAUUGAUAAGAUACACUUCACCAGGGUAUACGGGGCAUUUGAAUGUGACGUUUUCUUUGCUGAUCCUGAGAGUGACCACCGGUUCGAUUUAGUCUCCAAGUCAGAGAUGCAAACGGAGAAGGGCUGCGAGUACGAAUUCUGCGAGUACACCCCUUAGUGAUCUGUCAGCCAAAAAGCAGAAUACAGAGGAUUCCUAGGAUUGUUCUUGAUAUAGAGGCUGUGAAUGAUGAAUGUAUCGCCUCAUUUGGGUGUGAUCUUGCCUACAACUGGUGAAGAUCUUCUCAAGUCGAUCAGCACGUAGCAGUACUGAGAUUAGUAAAUCUUGGUAGCGUAGAAGAUGGAUUCUGAUCUAAACCAGGCUACGCUAUACGCCCAAAUAACCAAUCUAUCAAUUAUUCUUCAGCGAAUUGCGCAGAGUAUUCGCUGUAAAAGUAAAGCGCAUUUGACAUAGGAUAUCUCACGACGGACACCAUAGUGCACAAAACUUAGAACUUUUUUACCAGCAAGCAGCAACACACAGCAGCGCUUUCGACAAUAAAUGACCAA